UGUUGGAGCGCGGGCGAGUGUGAGCGCGGGCGAGUGUGAGCGCGAGUGUGCGCACGCCGCGGGAGCCGCUCUGCCCUCACCUCGCACCCUACUCAGGGCAUCUUGAGAGCCUGGAACCGUGAACAGGCUUAAAGUAUGGCAUGUUGCAAAGAUGGUUUCUGCCAAGAAGGUACCCUCGAUCGCGCUGUGCCUCGGGGUCAGUUUCGCCCUCCUGCGCGUACUGUGCCUGGCCGCUUGUUUAAACGAAUCCCCAGGACAGAACGAAAAGGAGGAGAAAUUGUGCCCGGAAAAUUUUACCCGCAUCCUGGACAGUUUGCUCGAUGGUUAUGACAACAGGCUGCGUCCUGGAUUUGGGGGUCCUGUCACAGAAGUGAAAACUGACAUAUAUGUCACCAGUUUUGGACCUGUUUCUGAUGUUGAAAUGGAAUAUACAAUGGAUGUGUUCUUCAGGCAGACGUGGAUUGACAAGAGACUGAAAUAUGACGGCCCUAUUGAAAUUUUGAGGCUGAACAAUAUGAUGGUGACAAAAGUAUGGACCCCUGAUACUUUCUUCAGGAAUGGAAAGAAAUCUGUCUCUCAUAACAUGACAGCCCCAAAUAAGCUGUUUAGAAUUAUGAGAAACGGUACUAUUUUGUACACAAUGAGACUCACUAUAAGUGCGGAGUGUCCCAUGAGAUUGGUGGAUUUUCCCAUGGAUGGUCAUGCGUGCCCUUUGAAAUUUGGGAGUUAUGCAUAUCCGAAGAGUGAGAUGAUUUAUACCUGGACAAAGGGUCCUGAGAAAUCAGUGGAAGUGCCAAAGGAGUCUUCCAGCUUGGUUCAGUAUGACCUCAUUGGGCAAACGGUGUCGAGUGAGACUAUCAAGUCAAUUACAGGUGAAUACAUUGUUAUGACAGUUUACUUUCAUCUCAGACGGAAGAUGGGCUAUUUUAUGAUUCAGACGUAUAUCCCCUGCAUUAUGACGGUGAUUCUUUCUCAAGUUUCAUUCUGGAUAAAUAAAGAAUCAGUUCCAGCUAGGACUGUAUUUGGAAUAACCACAGUGCUCACGAUGACCACACUAAGCAUCAGCGCAAGGCAUUCUUUGCCCAAAGUGUCCUAUGCUACUGCCAUGGAUUGGUUCAUAGCUGUCUGCUUUGCUUUUGUAUUUUCCGCACUUAUUGAGUUUGCUGCUGUAAACUAUUUCACCAAUAUUCAAAUGCAAAAAGCCAAAAAGAAGACAUCAAAAUCUUUUCCGGAAAUUCCAGCUGCUCCUGUGCCCAGUGAGAAGCAGCCUGAAGCCCCACUGCAGAAUACAAGUGCCAAUUUGAACAUGAGAAAAAGAACAAAUGCUUUGGUUCACUCGGAAUCUGAUGUUGGCAAUAAAACUGAAGUGGGAAACCAUUUGAGUAAAUCUGCCACUGGUGAUCACGAAUCUUCUGAGACCACAUCGAAGUCAUACUUAGCUUCCAGUCCAAACCCUUUCAGCCGGGCCAACGCAGCUGAGACAAUAUCUGCUGCAAGAGGACUUCAGUCUGCACCUUCUUCUACUCCCAGCCGAACUGGGUAUGUGUCACGACAAGUUGCAGUUGGAUCAGCUGCUAGUCGCCAUGUAUUUGGAUCAAGACUGGAGCGGAUUAAGACCACAGUUAACACCACAGGGGCUUCUGGGAAGUUAUCAGCUGCGACUCCUCCCCCUGCUCCGCCGCCUUCUGGGUCUGGCACAAGUAAAAUAGACAAAUACGCCCGUAUUCUCUUUCCAGUCACAUUUGGGGCAUUUAACAUGGUCUAUUGGGUUGUUUAUUUAUCUAAGGACACUAUGGAGAAAUCAGAAAGUCUAAUGUAAUUUUGUUGCUAUAAUAGUAUCCUAAAAGCUGGUGAAAAUGCGGACUGUCUUUUAAAAUGUUUUUAAAGAUGAUUAUUCUUUACUAAAAUAAAAAUUCUACGUAAUUUUUCCAUUUAAAAAAUGCAAGCCGGUUAUUGGGAGAGUUAAUUAAUUCCUCAGUGAAAAGAAUGUGAACCAUCUUUCUUUUCAGAAUGGUGAUUUAAAAAGGAUCUAUUCAGUGUUCAAAUUAGAUGGAAUACAGGCUAUCCUGGAACAAGAGAAAUAGGGCUAUCAGAGAUAUGUGAUGCAUAUUUUUGCAUUAAAAUUUGAAAACAGACUACGGUAUUUUUAAUUCCCUAUGAAUAUCAGCCAGCAACCAUAAAUUUCCCAGUGGCAUUCCCCAUAACCAGAAUUUUUCAGUGGAUGUCAUAUACACUGACCUUUGGUGAUUGUCUGAGAGACCACAAGAACAGGAUUUUUCCUGUUAAAACAUCAGUGAAAGGAAAAUAGAACAAACCUAACCCUGAUUAAUACAGUGGAACCUAUGCCACAUCCAAAACAAAGACAUAGACUAGGGAAAGUAUUUCCUUUCAUGUGUUGGCCCAAACAGUAUUUAACAGUUGACUUGAAAUUUUGUGCUCCGAGCCAAAGUUUAACUCACUGUACGAAUUCUUUGUCAUAGUAGUUCCUUCAGUUAUGUACUGUAUUCAUUUAUCACAUAUUUAUUCAGAGCCUAAAGACUACUGUUUUCCAGGCACUGUGGUAGACAGUCUCUUAUGGAAGUUCUUUCACAUUUAUCUACAAUACUACUUAAAUAGUAGAACAGCCAAUGCAUGCUAAAGAACCAUAAUUUAGCAGAGGACAUUGCAUUCUUUAAUGAAGGAAAUUUAGUUAGAGUCUGAGAACAUGUCCAAGAUAUUUGUUUUUCCUAUAUUGAUAGAGGAUAACAAGUGUAUUUGUUCACUUAGCCACAUUGAGGUUAGUCAGUGUUAGUACAAUCUCAGCAACUGGUUUUCAAAUUAUUAUAAAAAUGUGGUACAGAGUGUUAUGUAAGUGAAAAACACUGUGUACCUGAAAAGAAAAUCUGGACACUGUAAGACCUAAUACGUACUUGUCUCUAAUGUGGUAAGGAUCACAAAAUAGUAUUUGAUCAGAAUCAUAGAGUCAUCCAGAAAUAAUAAGUCUACACAGACCUUUUAGAAACUUUGCCCAACAUAAGUCAAUAGUAAUUGGUAAAAUGCUAGCCAUCUUAGAAUAUUUUUGUGCCUGUAGUUUCAUAAGUUUUGGUAGGUUUUUGUUUGUUUUCUGAAAAUUGAAGUAAGGUUUCAUAACUAAGGGGAAUAUGUAAAAGAAAAACAUCAUUGUCACAGAAUGGGAUGCCAGUGCCUCUAUGUGCCAUUUUCCAGGGUCUUCACAUGGUGACUUUUGUUUUUCUUUAUGUAGGUUUACCUGUGUAACUGACGUUCUUGCAGCUAUUUUGUACACCUCAGUCCAGGUCCAAUUUCUUGUUGUGCUGCCUCCAGAUUUUUUUCUUCUACUUCUUUCUUCAUGCUCUAGGAGUGUGUGUGAGUGAAUGUGUUCUGGGUGUUGGGAGGAAUGUUCUGAUAGAAAUGGCCACUUUGCAGACAGGAUUUCUUAUUCCUUAGAAAUUACAUUGAUAAAUUGGCAUCAACUUUUCACUUAUUGCAUUGCCUUUUAAUGGUUGUAUAUGAGACAUAUAAAAUGUGAAAAUGGCAAAUAUCAGUUGUAAGUCAUAUCUAUCUAUCUCUCUAGGUCUUGCAUAGAUUCAACACAUUUUAAGUCUGAAAAAUGCUGUAGAAAUAAUGUAGCCCAAACCCCUCAUUUGCAAAUUGAUUUUAGUAAAAUGAAGCCCAAUAAAUUCUGUGUAUAUGUAUAUAUUUAAUAAAGAGUACUUGUACAAAAAAAA